GCACCUCAGUUACGCUGAGCAGUCACAGAUCUGAUCAUUCGCACGAUGCAGCCCCUGCAGAUUGCUACUGUGGCUUGUGCUUGCAUCAGCCUUCUGCUGCUGCUCAUUGCCCUGUGCUCAAACAACUGGGUGGCAAAUUCCAUGAGCCACUCUGGCCUCUGGAAAUCCUGUGUUAAUAUUGGGCUAAUUUAUACUUGCGUUGCGCAUGGGAUGAAUGUGAAAGAUUACUACCAUGCUACCCGAACUUUCAUGUUCUUCGCGAUGUUUGCUGGAGCCGUCUCUUGUAUUGGUCUUUGUGCCCCGAUUUUCGGCUUGCAACUUGGCUCCAUCUCCAAGGCCAAGACCGCAGCCAUAGCCAGCUUUGUUGCAGCUCUUUGCGUCAUGAUUGCCAUGGCUGUCUUCACAGGGGAGACAGGAGGAAAAGCCUCUUAUGGGUGGUCUUUUGGCGUGGGCUGGGCCACCUUUCCUCUCUUCCUUAUAACUGGUGGGCUGGCUUUCCAUAUGAAUGCCGCUUGAACAUAAUGAUGAAACGAUUGUGCUACAUUUUCAGAUGAGCUAUGUUGAUGUUACAGACACAGUCUGCACUGGGACAAUUUGAGCCUGGAAGAAAUGACUAUAUUUUCGUGAUGAAGCUGAUAACAAUAGCAAUGGCGUUAAGGAAUAGCAAAUUCUUCUGUUUGUCUCACAGCUUGUGGUUUUAAUAAAGAAUAUUUUUAACACAAGCACACAGACUCCCAAGCCUAAAAGGCAACCUCAUUACAAAGACAGAAAUAUGCCUUUGGAUUUACAGGCAACCUUCCAUUUACGCAUGUUGAAGGCA